AUGCCUGCUGACCAUCAGAAGCCACAGCCAUUCGAUCUGCUGCCGGCAACAUGCUCUGGGAAGCGUUCCGACGGGGGUUCCGGAGGCGAUCGGCCACGAACCCGGAACGUCCAGCACAACGGAGUCGCAAGGACUAGUCUCGAAUCAGCCGAAACGUGGUGUUAUAUCCUCACGAACCGGCACGUGGCCGGUCCGGGACCGUUCUGCGGCUUGUGUAUUUUCGACCAGGAAGCCGUCUCCUGCCGGCCGCUCUGUAUCGACCCCAUUCACGACUUCGCCUUUCUCAAGUACGACCCGGAAGGCGUUCGGAAUACGGCAAUAGACGGUUUGGUCCUCAGUCCAGAUGGCGCAACCGUCGGCCAGCCUGUACUUGUGGUCGGUAACGAUGCCGGCGAAGCCACCAGCAUCAUCGCCGCCACGAUCAGUCGGACGGACCGCAACGCCCCGGAGUACGACGGGCCCUACAGCGACUUGAACAUCAGCUAUUACAUGGCCAACAUGAACUUGAGUGGCGGGAUAUCCGGCAGCCCGGCCGUGGGCGAAGAUAGCCUGGAGGCCCCCUUCUGCAAACCCUGCACCGUCUUCGCCAGGGUCGGCAUGUUCGUCUGA